CCGAAGGAAAAGGGGUGGAGCUAAGCCCUCACUGCGGUGCUGCGCUGCGUCUGCAGAGGACAAGAAAGGCUCCUCCAACAGGGCUGACAUCUGCCAAAAUGAGCAGCCUGGACGGGGCCAACGAGCUCCCCCCCGCUAAUACCACGACCCCCGCCGAUGACUCGGGAGAUCUGGAUCUGAAGCAGGACCAGGGGCUCCGCGAGGAAGGAGACGCGGCGCGAGCGAUGACGGCUGCAGGUGAGGCCGGUGCGGAGGGAGGCGCGCCCCCGGGUUCCGAGGACCGCGGCCCUGAGCUCUGCCUCGGAGCGGCCGAGAAGAGCGGUGCUGCGGCGGCCGGAGAGGGACUGGAGGAUGCGGUGUCUCCAUCGAAGGGCGGGGACGCAGCCCCAACCCCUGUGGCAGCCGACGACAGCAAUAAAAAUGGCUGUCAGCUCGGAGGGCCGCCGGGCCCUGCUGGGCCGAAAGCUCUGGAAGCCUGUGGUGCGGUGGGCCUGGGGUCUCAGGUGAUGCCGGGGGCGAAGAAGACCAAGGAAAUGACGGCUACCAAGUGCGCCAUCUCUGCAGCCGCGGGAAAGGAGGGAGAAGCAGGGGCGGCGAUGCAGGAAAAGAAGGGGGUACAGAAGGAAAAAAAGGUAGCUGGAGGAGGGAAGGAGGAGUCUCGUCCCAGGGCUCCGAAGAUCAAUAAUUGCAUGGACUCGCUGGAGGCCAUCGAUCAAGAGCUGUCAAACGUAAAUGCGCAGGCCGACAGGGCCUUCCUCCAGCUGGAACGCAAAUUCGGGCGGAUGAGAAGGCUCCACAUGCAGCGCAGAAGUUUCAUCAUCCAAAACAUCCCAGGUUUCUGGGUCACUGCUUUUCGGAACCACCCCCAGCUGUCACCAAUGAUCAGUGGCCAAGAUGAAGACAUGAUGAGGUACAUGAUCAAUUUAGAGGUGGAGGAGCUUAAGCACCCAAGAGCUGGCUGCAAAUUUAAGUUCAUCUUUCAAAGCAACCCCUACUUCCGAAAUGAGGGGCUGGUUAAAGAGUAUGAGCGCAGAUCCUCGGGUCGAGUGGUGUCGCUCUCUACUCCCGUCCGCUGGCACCGAGGCCAGGAACCCCAGGCCCAUAUUCACAGGAAUAGGGAGGGGAACACGAUUCCCAGUUUCUUCAAUUGGUUCUCAGACCACAGCCUCCUAGAAUUCGACAGAAUAGCUGAGAUCAUCAAAGGCGAGCUGUGGUCCAAUCCCCUACAAUACUAUCUGAUGGGCGAUGGGCCACGCAGAGGAGUCCGCGUCCCACCACGACAGCCGGUGGAGAGUCCCAGGUCCUUCCGGUUCCAGUCUGGCUAAGCCCUGCCCCUGUGACGGGCUCCUUCAGAAGAGUCUUUACCACAGCAGCAUGCAGCCUUCUGUCUGCUUUCUCUCCCUGUCGGAUUGUGUCUUCUAAGUCUCCAGUAGUUUCAAGAUUGUGGCUUCCAAGUCUAUGGUCUUCUUUCUCCGGGCCAUCACGAUGUCCUGCAUAGUGUUAAUGGUGUUCCAAGUGCAUGGCCUUCAAACUGCUUCUAUGCCAAGCUCACAGUGCUGUAGUUUGUACUGCCUUUCUUUGCAUGGCUUGGUUCCUGUCUGUGACCUUGGUCUUUCAGUUUUUUAAAAAGUGGUUCCAUACCACAAGAGAGCUUAACACAUCCUUACCAAGAACUAGCCAGGUUUCAAACUUUCUGCUGUGUUCCCGAUAUCUAUGUACUGUGAUGAACUGUGAGUUUCACCACUACAAGGAGGAACUGUAUCCCAACCCAGCCAUCAGCCUAACGGGACAUUCCAGGCUAUCAUCAGCUGAUCCUAGCUGUCUUCCUGGGCCUUUGUUAUUUACUUUGCUUGUUACCUAUCAAACAAGCAGGUGGUUGGUGGCUGACUCCUAGGCAUGAGUGAAGUAACAGGCAAGGAGUGUUUUCUCUUACCACAUUGGUCUUGCACCUUGGUUAUUGUGCAUCGUGAUCAGCUACUGGUGAGUAUAAAAGCCUGUGCAAUUGCCCACUGGUUCUCUCCUGGUAGAGCUUUGCAUAGGCCGAAGCUGUGCUAUCUAAGGACCUAAGCUCCUAGGCAGCACACAGGACUCCCUACUUUACCAUUACCCAUGACUCAGUUGGCUGCUGGGCAGGAUGUGGUCACAUGUGGCAGUGCCCAAUACAAAGCUGAAGUGUCUCCCCUCCAGCAGUUAGUUCUUCUGAGCCCUAGGCAACAAAUUAUUUCUAAUCCAGGCAACUUUGUUAGGUAACCUCCCUACCCCUUUCCAUGUCCACACCCACUCCAAUUAAGUCAAAGUUGCCUAGGCUGGGCCACUCAGAAAUCUUUUGUGGCACACAAAAGAUUUGUGCUCUUGCCUUUCUUUCUCUGGCUCUUCUCUUUUUCUCCCCUUUCUUUCUCUUUGAAGCAGUUAUAGCCCAGAGACAGAAAAACACAACUGACAGUAGGCUUUUUUGUUUGCUCUCUCCUUGGUUUUGAGCAGGCAGAAAAACGUACCGUAAAAUAGACUCCAAAUCUCUUGCUGCCCUCACUAUUCUCCCCUUCUCUUAGCAACAUCUGAAAAUUUCAAGGGAGACCACUUCCACUCCUCCCUCCUACCAGAUGCUGUAUGCUUCUAACUUAAGCUCUAGCUUGAGAAUCUGGGAGAAGAGAAAGAAGAAUCUCAGUGACAGACCCUGUGCUGCCCCUGAGCAGGAUGUGAAUGAAUGAAUGAAACAAAAACUGCACCUGUCCCAUGUCUCUAAAGAUGCCAGUUCUUUUUUGGUCCUCAGCCUGCAGAAAUGACCAGAGAGCAACAAUGUGCGUCAUCCUUGUUCUGUUUGCCUGACCUUGGGCUGUUACUUUGUCAGCUUUAGAAUUUCCUUCCCUGUUCCCAUCCUAACAAAGGAGGAAGCAGGAUGUAGAGUGAGUGCAUUGUGGGAGACUCCAAGCUUCUAAGGGAUGCUGGGGAUGUGAGGAGUGUGGAUUUGCAGGACAAGCUCCAGUGGGUGCACAGCACGGGCUCCUGCAGCUGCAGCACCCAUUUCCUUUCUAACUCAAAGACCCUGUCAGAAGCUCCUCCAGAGCUCAGGAGGUCUCGAUACCUUCAGAGGAGGCUAGGGAUUUAAGAGGACUUGAGGGGAGAGCCUGUUGCAGUAGGUUUUCCUAGGUCUACUGUGAUGAUUGACAUAUUGCAGGAGCAGGGUUGGGGGUAGGGGUCCCUGAGGCAUGUGCCAAUGGAGAGUGGGGAGAUCAGAUGGGUUGGGAUUUAAAAGGGAUGCUUGGAGGAUUUUCCUAUAGUUUUUCCUAAUUCUCAACGUCACCAAUAAAUCUUUUGUAAACAGAUGUAAGCCUGGAUGUUUUUUCUUCAGAUACUAGGAGUGACCUUUGUCUAUGGGAGAUCAAUGAUGUACACUCCUUAUUCCACUGUGCUUGACCAAACCCUAUUACUCCCUGUCAGCUGACUGGCAGAAUUGAUGUUUACAAGCCUGCCUUUUGCUUAUAAUUGAGAACAAGUGCAAACAUUCGGAUUUUUGUCCUUUGCAGUAUGAAGACUCCUGUGACCAUUCAUUACUAGAUUAACUUGUUCUGGUGUCUGUUCAUAUAUACCUGUAUUCUUAGAAAUAAAAUCCACACAAUGUGAUCUUUGAAGUCUGAAGAUAUUGAAAACUGUUGCUGCUGUCUUGUAAAAGUGAUUUCAAAAAGAAAAUUGUAACGUGUCUUACUGAUAUUUCUUGCUGUAGUAAUAUUUGACAUUAUGUUCUUAACCAGUGUGACGGCUAUUGCCAUCAAACUAAAUGAAGAUCUUAGUCCUUUGUCUUCUCCUGUGUGCUCGAAGGAAAAAUAUGUUACUGUUAUGUUUCCUGUCUUCACCAAAAAUAAAUAAAUAAAUAAAGAUGAAGAAAAACUCUG